UUGAGCAUAGUAGUUGUUGUCUAGAUUAAGUUUGUGAUCAAGUUACAGCCUGCUAUCUUAGUUUGCUUAAGUAAACAAUUUAUUGUGGCAUAUUCAAUUUUCAGGAUAAAUUGUUUAUUCCUCAACUUAUGAUGGACAACACCUUUGUAAGCAGCUGCAUCUUAGUUUUUUGCAAGACUAUAUAAAGCAAAAAUUACACACUAUAGACCCUCUCAUCAAGCAAGGUCAACAGUUGAUGAUGCAAUACAAAUUGUAUUAGACAAUAGUGCAAUUUGCAAAUAUUGCAUGAAUCACCGUUUUCAAACUUCCGUUAUAUGCUAAUUGUUUAAUAGUUGUCAAAUGUGGAAGGCUGCAAUAGUUGUUAGAUGAAAAGGUCAUUUAACUAGAAUAUUGCUUCACUUCAUAAGUGGUCUGCAUCAAUGUGGUGGCUUCAUAUGUCAAUGACAUAUGAUGUUUUGACUUUACAUUGAAGAAAUUUUAUGUUUUCACUUGAAUUACAGUAACCAUUCCUCAACUUUCUCAGAUGCCAUUGGGUCACUCUGAGCCAAUAGCAUACCAUGGGUGAUUUUCUGCUUAUCGUUUUCAUAAUUUUCACCAUUGUAGCUUCAAUUAUCUAUGCCCAACAAAAUUAUACGGGCAAUACUGUCAUGAGUUGUAAAGGAAUCAAUGAGACAGGAACUACAGCUUCGUUUCUGUAUUCUUGCAAUGGUGAAAAGCACUCCUGUCGAGCAUUCCUGAUUUUUAGAUCACACACUCCUUAUAAUUCAGUUUCUUCCAUCUCAAAACUCCUAUCUUCGGACCCUGAUGAGAUUUUCCACAUCAACAACAUCUCAAGGUCUGAAUUCUUGGAUCAGAACCAAGAACUUAUAGUUCCAGUAAAUUGUUCAUGUUCAGGUCAGUAUUAUCGGGCUGACACCUCUUAUGUUAUACCAAGCAAAUAUGAUACCUAUUUUACUAUCGCGAACAACACGUAUCAGGGGUUGUCUACUUGCAGUGCCCUUGUACAUGAAAAUAUCUACAAUACACUGGAUCUGGUUCUGGGUCUAAAUUUGCGGGUACCACUCAGAUGUGCCUGUCCUACAAGGGAUCAAACAAGAAAUGGUGUGAAAUAUCUGGUAACUUAUUUGGUUACUUGGGGGGGCAACGUUUCUACCAUUAGCGCGCGGUUCAGUGUCAGUGGUCAAAGUACAGCAUAUGCAAAUGGAUUAUCUGAAAAUUCAGUUCUUAAUCCUUUCACAACUAUAUUGAUUCCUUUACCAAAAGAACCUUCAAGCUUCCAAACAAGGACUAUUAAGAGAGCACAGACUGAAAUCUUUUACCCUAAGCACAAAAUAUCGUACAUCAGUCUUUUUAUUGGGGUAGGAAUUGGUGUUUCCCUUGCAGUCCUCUGUUUUACCUUGUUCAUUGUCUUAAAACACAAAAAGGAGAACGAAAGAUGUGAAGUGCUUGGGAAAGGAAGAGAAGGGAAACAAAACUGGAAUUUACCAGAACAUGUCCUGGAAAAUAUAGUUGGUAUGGAUCAAAUGAUUAAAGUCUAUGAAUUUGAAGAACUGGUGGCUGCAACUGAAAACUUCAGCUCGCGAAGAAGACUUAGUAAUUAUGUUUAUAAAGGGGUCGUUAGAGGAAAACUGCUGGCCAUCAAGGAGAUGAGGACAGACAUAUCUAAAGAGGUUAAAUUCCAUGCAAAGAUCAAUCAUUUCAAUUUAAUCAGCCUCACUGGUGUAUGUAAGCAUCAUCAAUUAUCCUAUCUUGUUUUUGAGUUCAUGGAAAAUGGAUCUUUAAAAGAAUGGCUUUUCAAGGAUGAUAACCUGGAGGCUCAGAGCUGGAACUGCAGAAUUCAUAUUGCCUUAGAUAUCGCUGAUGGUCUAGAUUACAUUCAUAACUUCACAGCUCCAGCUUAUGUGCACAAUAACAUUAGCAGUAACAGAAUCUUACUUAACAGAGAUCUAAGGGCCAAGAUUUCAAAUUUUAGCUUGGCAAGAUCAGCUGACUGUGAGGGAAAGGCAAGUUCAUCUAUGAAAUUCGCCGAGGGAAGAAAUGGCUACUUGGCACCUGAGUACCUUCAAACUGGUCAGGUUACUCCCAAGAUAGAUAUCUAUGCAUUUGGAAUCGUUCUGUUGGAGAUAAUUACAGGAAAAGGGGCAGUUUUCGAGCAGGAUGGAAAAGAAGUACUCUUAUCAGAGACAGUGCUUGGAAUUAUGGAUGAACAAUCUAAGACUCAAGAACUAACAGAUACAAGGCUACAAGUCAAGCACCCCCUUGGUUACAUAAUUCAACAAACUGAACUCGUGCUUCGAUUGGUGAAACUGUGUGUAGCUUGCUUGGUGACGGAACCUGAAAGAAGACCAAGUGCAGCAGAAAUUAUAUCUACCUUAAUCAAAAUCCAGUCAGAUGUACAAAACUAGAGAACUUCGAAAAAAAAAUGAUUAAGUGCUUAUAUGUUAUGUUUAGACUAGUUCCUGCAGUGAACUUUUUGUUUCUUAUUUCUAAAGUUUAGACUUAGCUGUGGCCUCUGUACUGUUCAUUUGUUUCCUCGAGUCUAAGGCAUGUGAUGAUCACCCUUUCAAGACAAAUGAAUGAAAGUUGGAAGUUAAAUAACAGCUUUUAUCGACCUGUGAUUGUAAAGUGUCUUAGGAAAUAGAUAAAAUGAGCAUAUGUCUCGCAUUCUUUUCUCCUUCAAUUGCUUCAUUUAAGGCUUGUCUUUCAACUAUAAGCAAAGGAAUUUGCUACUCUACUUUCUUAUUUAAACCUUCGUAGAAUUCUUGUAUCUCAAGACAAAGGGGUUGACAUUCAUGAGUUAGCGUAUCUAGCACUCUAGGUAGGGGUCGAUUGAACCCCUA